AUGGCUCCCAUCAAGCGCUCCCGUGUAGACAAGGCGCGACAGUAUCUCGCGGGCGGCGCAGUAUUCCGCGAAGACUCCGACGACGAGCUUGGCUACGAAGACCACCCCUGGGAAUGGAUCUACGACAACAAUGGCAUCGACGAUGCGCAGCCUGAGCAGACUGCCUCGCCAAGAAAGAGAAAGGCUGCGCCCACACCGCUAGCAAAGCGCAUAGUCGGUGCGCGCAUGGGCAGCUUCAGGUGCAAAGUGGGAGAUGCCGUGCUGCUCAAGGCAGAGGGCAACCAGGCAUGGGUCGGCAUCAUCUGCGACUUCCACGAGGACCCGGACGAGGACGAGAAGAUGGCCAAGUUCCUCUGGUUCUCCUCUGAGAAGGAACUUCGCAACCAGAGCAAAAAGCGUUCCGAUUUUCUUCCCAACGAACUCUACAUAUCUGCCGCAUUCGACGACAACCCGCUAGCCUCGAUCAACGGCACUGCCAAGGUAUACUCGUUGGAACGUUUCCAGGAGUUGUAUCCGGCAGGCGUCAAGAAGACCUCGAAAGACUAUGGCAAGGUCUUCGUGUGCCGGAGAGGCUGCAACACGCGCACGACCACAUAUACACCAGAAUUCAAAUGGGAGGACGUAUACAGCGAUGCCAAGGACAUCCGAUCGCUGGUCGAUCUUGUGGAGGCUCAGACAAAAGCCACUAGGAGAACUGCCGGUCGUCCUAAGAAACAUCAGCAGCCCGACUUGGACCAGUUCGUGAUCCCUGACUCGGACGAUGAUGACUUGCCAAAGACUCCACGGAAGCGCCGGAAAAUUAAUGAAGCGACCACCCCCACAUCGACUAGGAAAAGCCCGGCUGCGCGCAAAUUCCUUACUCCAACGCACAAGAGGAUAGUCAUCAAGAAGCAAUUGGAGUUCACACCGCUUGGCACGCGUGUACUUGACCCUUCGGCCCUAAAUUCACCAUUCCAGAUCGCGCGGAAUCAACUCCAUGUUUCCUCGGUACCUGCCGCACUCCCUUGUCGUGAGGAAGAGUUCUCCACCGUGUAUAGUCAUUUGGACGCGGCCAUUACGGACGGCUCGGGCUCAUGCAUCUACAUCUCGGGCACACCUGGCACAGGCAAAACGGCAACUGUGCGAGAGGUCGUCGCCCAACUGCAAGCCUCAGUCCAAGCCGAAGAGUUGGAUGAUUUCAUAUUUGUUGAGAUCAAUGGCAUGAAGGUCACGGAUCCCCACCAAUCAUACUCGCUGCUCUGGCAGGCACUGCGCGGCGACCGAGUGAGUCCGUCACAUGCACUGGAGCUACUGGAACGCGAAUUCUCCACUCCCAGCCCGCGCAGGGUUCCCUGCGUGGUCCUCAUGGACGAGCUCGACCAGCUCGUCACCAAGAACCAGUCUGUCAUGUACAACUUCUUCAACUGGCCUGGCCUGCGGCACAGCAGGUUAAUUGUCCUCGCCGUAGCAAACACUAUGGAUCUGCCAGAGAGAACGUUGAGCAAUAAGAUCAGCAGUCGCCUAGGUUUAACGCGCAUUACUUUCCCAGGCUAUACACAUGACCAACUGAUGCAAAUUAUCCAGUCCCGGCUCGAAGGUGUACCUGGCAAUAUUGUGCACCCUGACGCCGUUCAGUUUGCUGCACGCAAGGUAGCAGCUGUCAGCGGUGAUGCGCGACGCGCGUUAGACAUCUGCAGACGAGCCGUGGAAAUCGCCGAAGCGGAAACGAUAUCGCAGGACCGGGACGAUGAGGCGCAGCCAGGUACUCCGAGUAGGACCGGUCGGGGUAACAAAGCAAAGCAGCUCCAAGACUCUCGGUCAAAUAAAGGUACCGGAGAUCCGGAUCAUCGGUCCAAAGAUCGGGCGGGGCGGAAAGGUAUAGUUACUAUGGCGACGAUCAAACAGGCAAUCAACGAGGCUACGAGUAGCCCCCUGCAACAGGCGCUGCGGGCUCUACCGUUGGCGUCCAAGGUGUUCCUUGCGGCCCUCUUGGCAAGGAUCCGCAGGUCGGGCAUUGGCGAAGCGAUCCUUGGAGACGUUGUCGAUGAAGCCAAACGGUUGGGGCUCAUGAGUCAGUUACUGCCUGUGCACGAUUACAUUCUCGCCCCUGAGAAGGACGACAGAAGCGAAAUGAUGAACGGCGCAGCAAUGCAGCCUUCUACGCCGUCGAAGCAUAGGGACGUUGCUACUAAUCUUGGCUUGAAGGAAACGAACAACAAGGCAGCAAGAGUACUCGGCCUCGCACUCGCAGCCACCGAGCUCGCAGAAGCAGGCAUUAUAGGCGUAGAGGCCCGACAUGGCGAGCGAGUAGGCCGUGUCCGGCUUGGCGUUGGUGAAGACGAAGUGCGGCUUGCACUUGGAGACGAUGAGACUGUCCAUGGCCUAGGUUUCGGAGCGUGA